GCGGAAGCGGCGGCCAUGCUGCGCGGCCCGGCCCUGCUGCUGCGGCGGGCGGCCCCGGGCGGCCUCGCGCACGGCCGGCGCUGCCACCGGCAGCAGCAGCGGGAGCAGGGAUCGGGAUCGGGAUCGGGAUCGGGAUCGGGAUCAGCGCGGCCGCAGCCGCCGGACCCAUCGCUGCUGCGCUUCCUGGUGUGCCCGCUCUCCAAGCGGCCGCUGAGGUACGAAGAAGCUACGAACGAGCUCAUUAACGAGGAGCUGGGCAUCGCGUACCCCAUCAUCGACGGCAUCCCGAACAUGGUUCCGGAGGCUGCCAGGAUGACGCACAAGAAGCCGCCGGCCGAGGGCUCGGAGCAGCCCUGA